GGCGGAGGCGGGCCCCUGUGGAGGUGGGGGUGAGGCAGCCAUGCACCGCCUCCAUCAGCCCUGGAGCCCACCAGCCUUCAUGCAAGGCCAAGAGGACAAAGAAUCUACAAAUCCAAAAGUGGAGGUUGUUACCACUCAUGACAACAGUCUUAAUAAUAAAGAUGAAGACACAGAAUCCAGUGAAAAGAUGGAACCCACAAAAGAUGAUAAAAAUUGUUCACUCCCAACAAUUUUGGAAAAAGGACCAUCAGAUGAUGAAUCCUGUAUGAUGUCACUGGUUGAGGAAAUUACCUGUCCUCAGGAAGAAGAAGAGGAUAAAGUCCUUGAAAGAAAGGAAAAUAUUGACCUUGAAGAUCCUAAAAAAGAUUCAGGCAUCAUUGGUAUAGAAGGCACUGUGAACUUGAACCAUGAAGAUAAUGCCGCAGCUCAAGGCCAGAAGGACAAGUCAGUCACUUCUUGGUCCACACUAUCUAAUCAUUCAACAAAAUUUAGUCUUGAUGACGUGGAGAAAGCUCUGACUCCUGUAACAUAUCACCAGAUUGACUUUGAAGAUCCUGAGAAAGGUAAAUGGGAGAACACAAGUAAAACAAGUUCAGGAAAUGAAGAUGGAACUGAUCAAAAGGAGGAUGAAAUUACUCCAGGCAUGACAGAACAUGCAGAGCCACAUUUUGUUCAGGUUGGCUCAUGGAAGACAGGAUUGUGUCAACAUAUCCGCAGAGCUUUUUCUACUCCUCACCUUUCUAACUAUGUCGUUCCACUGUGUACUACAACUGAUGUAGCAGAUACCUCAGCAGAGGUGGAAUAUAUGGACAAGGAAACCCCAAUUGAAAUGUACGCUGAUGAAAAUUUAACUGGUGUGUUGUCAACACAGACACCAAAUGAUCUACAGCACAAGGACUCUACCACAUUGAAGGCUGAUGUUAUGCCAGGAAAAAUUGCAGGAAAAUCAGAAAGUAAUGAUACCAGCAGACCAGAACCUGUUGGCGAUGGUACUGUUUAUGAUCAGCCACACACCAAUAAUGAUGAAGACAGUGAGGCCAAUGAGAAGGAGGCUGCUGUUGAAAGUGAAAACUCUGAUCCAAAGGACGAUGAAAUUACUCUGUCCAUGACUGAAGAGACACAGACCAAUUAUGUCCAGGUUGGAUCAAGGAAAACUACAUUGUGUGUACCAGACAACUCUGCACCUGAGGAAUACAUGGACAAGGAAACCCCAAUUGAAAUACAUGCUGAUGAAAAUUCAACUGUUGAUCCCAAGGAGGAGGAAAUUACUCUAUCUAUGACGGAACAUAGAGAGACACAUUUUGUUCAGGUUGGCUCAUGGAAGACAGGACUGUGUCAACAUAUGUGCAGAGCUUUUUCCACUCGCCAUAUUUCUAACUAUGUCGUUCCACUGUGUACUACAAUUGAUGAUAUGCCAGGCAAAAUGGUGGAAGAAUCAGAAAAUACUGAUACCACCAGAUCAGAACCUGUUGGCGAUGGUACUGUUUAUGAUCAGUCACACACCAAUAAUGAUGAUGAAGACAGUGAGGCCAAUGACAAGGUGGCUGCUGUUGAAAGUGAAAACUCUGAUCCAAAGGACGAUCAAAUUACUCCAUCCACAACUGACCAUACACCGACCCAUUAUGUCCAGGUUGGAUCAAGGACCCGGAGAUUGUGUCAAUAUAUUUGCAGAGUUAUUUCAUCUCUCAACUUUUGUGACUGUGUCUUUAGACAGUGUAUUUCAGUUGAUGUAGCAGACAGCUCUACAGAAGUGCAAUACACAGACAAGGAAACCCCAACAGAAAUAGAUGCUGAUGAAAAUUCAAAUGGCGUGUCAUCAGCACAGUCACCAAAGGAACCACAGCACGAGGACUCUACCAAUGCGAAGCCUGGUCACCACAAGGACUCACCACCUCAUGUGGUUGGGGACCUUGGCUUCGCCCCCCAAAAAUGACAAAGUUUCAAAGCUGGUGACUCCAUCUUCACUGGGAUUAAAUCUUAUCCUUGAUGGCCAGCUCACAUAGAUGAAGUUCCUGGUGAAGAUUAAAGCCACCUAAACCAAACCCCCAAACAUACUAUGGUUAUUUUAGGACUA